AUGUCAGAAGAAAACCGGUUGAAAGAUUUCCAGGAAGCCAACAAGAUCGUUUUCGACCCCAGUACACGAUCAGUAUGGGAAACGCAAGAGAAGAACUCUAACGGUGUUGGGUCGAAAACCGAAGAAGACGACGCGCAGAACGCAACCACAUCCGGGAUAGUGCCCACACUGCAGAAUAUCGUGGCUACUGUGAAUUUGGACUGCCGAUUGGACUUGAAAACGGUGGCACUGCACGCCAGAAACGCAGAGUACAAUCCAAAACGUUUUGCAGCUGUGAUUAUGCGUAUCAGAGAACCCAAGACCACAGCACUGAUCUUUGCGUCCGGAAAAAUGGUGGUGAUUGGUGCCAAGUCCGAGGACGACUCGAAACUCGCGAGCAGAAAGUAUGCGCGAAUCAUCCAAAAAAUUGGUUUCAGUGCCAAGUUCACAGACUUCAAAAUCCAGAAUAUCGUGGGUUCAUGCGAUGUAAAAUUCCCCAUCAGACUCGAAGGUCUGGCGUUCUCGCACGGCACUUUCUCGUCGUACGAGCCAGAACUGUUUCCAGGUCUUAUUUACAGAAUGGUAAAGCCCAAGAUCGUUCUGCUGAUUUUUGUCUCUGGGAAAAUCGUACUCACCGGUGCUAAACAGAGAGAAGAGAUUUACCAGGCCUUCGAAGCCAUUUAUCCCGUGUUGAGUGAAUUCCGCAAAUUGUGA